AUGACGUCGCAACCCACCAACGAAUCGGAGCUGCAGUUGUACAGGGUCCUCCAGCGAGCCAAUCUACUCUCAUACUACGACACCUUUAUUUGUCAAGGAGGUGAUGACGUGCAGCAAUUGUGCGAAGCGGGCGAAGAAGAGUUCCUGGAGAUCAUGGCCCUCGUGGGCAUGGCCAGCAAGCCUCUUCACGUUAGAAGGUUGCAGAAGGCACUGCAGGAGUGGGUCAACAACCCAGCCAUGUUCCAGACGCCGCUGGUGCCGUCGCUCGGUCCUCCGGGCCACCACCCUCCUCCACCCCCCAUGCAGCAUGGCGUAUCCCCGGUGGCGCGCCCCAUGGGCCUGGCACCCCCACUGCGGCCGCCCGUGAGUGCUUCGCCGGGCCUCAAGGAGCCGCCGCCCAGGACUCACCACGCGCCACCCCCACCGCCACCGCCGCCGCCGCCGGUCUCCGCUCCGCAGGCGCCGUUCGGCCAGGGUAUGCUGGGUUCCGGCGGGGAUUCGUCGGAAACUGGCGGGCGCCCGUUGACGCCGCCCACGCCUGUGCUGGUCGAGGCCCAAAUCCGACGGCUGGCCGAGUCGGCGGAGCUCCUCGUACGCUCGCUCCCUCCGCACGCCUUCGUCGACCCCAGACCGCACGGCCGAAGGAUGUGUAAGGACCUAGAGCACGUGCUGAGCAUGUCCGAGGACGACCCGCGUCGGAUGGACGAGAUCCGGAAGUACGCCGCCAUCUACGGCCGCUUCGACUGCAAGCGCAAGCCCGAGAAGCCGCUCACUCUGCACGAGGUGUCGGUUAACGAGGCCGCGGCGCAGAUCUGCAAGCACAUUCCGGCGCUGCUCACGCGGCGGGACGAGCUGUUCCCGCUGGCGAGGCAGGCGGUGAGGGACAGCGGGUACCCGUUCUCCAAGGGACAGUCCAGUGCGGACGACCCUUGCAGGAGCCAGUGCUACGGGCCAAAGUUCGAGGACGAGCCAGCAGCGAGCAAGCGGGCCCGUCUCGAGCAGCCCAUGGAGAAAGCACACAUGGAAGAGGAGAAGAAGAAGAGACAGGAACGCCUCGAAGGCAUCUGCGAGCAGCUGCGACUCUUGGGCCGCCAGCAAGAAGAGCUCAAGGCUCGGCUGCAGGCAUCGAGGGACCUGCCGCCCAACGUAGGAGCCGUGCCGCAGCUCCAGUCGCAGCUGGAGCACAUCUCCACGCAGCAAAUGCAGCUCAUCAAUGAGCAGAGCGAGCUGUCGAAGCAACUGCGGCGCAUCGACAAAGGAUCAUGGGGUGGUGGCGGAUAUGGCCGGUUGUCCUCCUGUUCAGAACAAGAGAAAGCGGACACCGAUGACACUGAUUCACAGUUCUCAGCGUACAGCAACAAUUCAUCACCGACGCUGAGUCACGAGGCGCACGACUCGCCAUCUCAAGAUUCUAACCAGUCGAGCAACUUGGCCCAGCAGCAACAAGCUCCACCGAGCGCUGCAGACGUGUUCAACAUGAAGAUGGCCAGCGUGAAGAAGACCUCGGCACAGAUAACCAAGCAGCUUGUACAGGAGACGCUCAUGGACGAAGGGCUCCGUGUCAUCAAGGAGCUGGCGUCGCAGAUCAAGUCCGAGGAUUCAAGUGCCACGGACCUGUCUUCGCCACCGCCACGGCCGCGCGGAAGACCUCCCAGGCUGGACCGGGGCGACUACGUGGGAACGUCCCGGGUGGUCCGGGGGGCUCCUCCACCCCACCCGUCCAUGCAGAAUGGCCACGAGCGACCGGGAAGCAACGGAGGCCUUGAGCUGCACCACCACAACGGCACCGUGGACGAGGCCGCCGAUGCGGAGAACAGCCUGAACGCGCUGCUCGCUCUCUCCCAGAAGAGCUUGAUGAAACAAGAGCCAGCGUCGCCGGCUACCAUCAAGAUGGACUAAACUGAUGGAAGGCCACCACCGUGGUGUUUUGCAGCAGUGUGCCGGCACUCUGACGGCGUGGACGCCCGCUUGCACCUUUCUGGAUUGGUCGAGCUGGCUGUGCAUGUCCUCCGUCCUUAUUCGGUCUCGGAAGUGGUCUGUCAUUCCAGAAAAUUCACACUGUGCGACUGUUUGCUAUUGACUACCACAGUCGAUAGUCUAUACCGGUGAAGCGUGCUGCCGUGCACACGAAAGUCAUCACUUGUAGAUAUGCAACGAGAGUCUGUAGGGUGGGAAAGGGGGGUAUUCUUGCUAGUUAGUGUCCUCAAAUCUGACCUUCUGCUACAUACUGCAAAGUUUCGUUUUCGGUAGAGAGUCGUAACAUUUUACUACUUAGGCAUCGAAGCGAUAAAUUGCCCGCAAUUUUCUCUCAUUAAAAUUGUACCGUUUUUUAAAUUGGACAAUAGUGGAGAAUUUUAAAUCGUUGUUUCGACACGCUCGCAUCAUUGUUCCAUUAUCGGCACAGGGCAACCUACACCUUGAGGACAGCAUCGAAUGCCCACUUGUGUAUGUCCAUCGUGUCACAUAUGGUUUACUACAAGUAGACGCAUUCGACAGCCAGAGCGUCUCACCAGUACUGGUCCCACGCACACUUGUCAUGUUCUACCAAUGUCGUCCUGGGGAGCGCACUUGCAGAGGCACCAUUCUGGUAGCUGUGUCGUUUUUAUCCUCAAUGAAAACUACAACUCUCCGC